ACGGAAACAAAUAUUAUACUCGAUCUCAUCCCUGUACUGUUGCAUUAAAGCAAUUAAAAAGCGAUAAAGAUUCCAUUCAUAUUUUUCUUAAAGAGGCUCGAGCUCAAUUUAAUUGUUGCCAUUUAUAUGGAGUUACCAAAGAUCCUUCAACAUCACAAUACAUGUUCGCAGGAGAGAUACUUCGUUUCCAAUCUCCAUAUUCGCAGGCAGGAGACAUUUAUAGUUUAGGUAUUAUUUUAUGGGAACUGAUUUGUGGGAUUCCAGCCUUUUCAAACAGGUCGCAUUGUGUAAGCUUAAUAAAAGAUAUUUGUAAUGGUCUUCGACCAACAAUAUGUCAUUUUGCACCUCCAGCUUAUAAUGAUUUGCUAAGAAGAUGUUGGGAUCAAAAUCCUUCAGAACGACCGAAUAUAAAUGAGAUAUUAAAUUCUAUUAAACCAUUAUGUAUAUGCCUUAGGUAUAAUAAUAAUAUAAAGCAUGAUUGGACUCGAAAAAAAUUUAAAUUUGCAUCAUUGUCUGGUUAUAUAGAGGAAUUGACACUUGAUGAAUAUAGAUCUAAAAAUAGUUAUGAGGUCGAUAAAUGGAUAUAUUCAAGUUUAACACGGGAAUUGACUAAUUCGCAUCAUGCAACGAUGACAUAUAAUAUUAUGAAAUGGAAACCGGAUAUUCCUAUUCAUCCGAAUGCGGUAUAUAAAAGUCGCAUGAUUAGUAUUAUUAAAGGUAGUAAUCGACUCGAAAUUUCUGAUAUACCAUACUAA